AUGGCGCUCUCUCCCGUCGUCACAACCACCUCUUCCUCCGCCCAGAAUCAAAACGCCGACAACUUCCAAACAUUAAGGGCCGUCUCCUCACCUCUCAAGGCCCUCGCUUCCGGCUCAGGCCAAACUUCAUCCAAUGGCACCCCAAAACCCGCCCUCGCGCCCGCGCCGCCAACCGGCCAGACGCUCGCUCCGACCCUCGACCUCGCCGAGCAGAUGAACGAAGAGGAAAAGCGCAAAUAUGUUAAAGGCAAGAAGCUCGGUGAAGGUACCUACGCCGUCGUGUUUCUCGGCCAUCUCCGCUCCAGCCCGGCAACCCGCGUCGCCAUCAAGAAGAUCAAGGUCCAGAAGGAAUACACAGAGGGCAUGGCCCCCGACGCGGUCCGCGAGCUGAAGCACCUGCAGGAGCUCCAGCACCCAAACAUCAUCUCGCUCCUCUCCGUCUUCUCCUCAAAGGACCAGAACCUCAAUCUGGUGCUCGAGUACCUGCCCCUCGGCGAUCUCGAAAUGCUCAUCCGCGACACUGACAACGUCCGCUACGGUGCCGCCGACAUCAAAGCCUGGAUGGGCAUGCUCACCCGCGCCGUGUGGUUCUGCCACGAGAACUUUGUCCUGCAUCGCGAUAUCAAGCCCAACAACUUGCUCAUCGCCGCCGACGGCGAAGUCAAGCUUGCUGAUUUCGGUCUUGCGCGAAGCUUCGCCGACCCCCAUCGCCACAUGACAUCCAACGUCAUCACUCGCUGGUACCGACCCCCCGAACUGCUCUUCGGCGCCCGAUACUACAGCGGCGCAGUAGACGUCUGGUCCGUCGGAACCGUCUUCGCGGAGCUCGUCCUGCGUGCCCCCUACAUGCCUGGCAACAACGAGCUCGACCAGAUCAAGAUGAUUUGCGAAUCCAUCGGUACCCCCACAGAAGACAACUGGCCCGGCGUCACCAGACUCCCAGAGUACACCGUGCCAGGCCAGCACCCCACGCGGGGAAGGGACUAUUACGAGAUGCGCUUCGGCAUCGUCGGCACCGACGGCGUCGACCUGCUCAUGAAGACGCUGUCCCUCAACCCGCAGAAGCGCAUCACCGCGCGGGAGAUGCUUCAGCACCGAUGGUGGCACUCCGAGCCCAAGCCCACGCGCAAGGAUGACCUGCCGCGCAAAGACGAGAGCGCUGGAGAAGACAAGAUGGGGAUGGAUUUGAAGCGCCGACCUGGAAUGGUGGCUGACGAGGAUAGAGGUGCCAAAGUAGCCCGCAAAUUGGACUUCGGACAGCGGUAA